AUGCCUUUGGAUGAUGGCACUGGCAAUGAUGGCGUCGCCUUGGCCAACAGCGCUCUGGCCGAUGAGAUCGAAGCCUUGACCUCUAUCUACGACGGCGACACGCUCAUCCUGCAACCCCCGUCGGGGAAAGAUACGACCAUCACUGCGAUCCUUCGCCUCCCGGACUCUGACAUCUCGUUCCUCAUCUCCUUUCCCGCCGAAUACCCGGAUGCCCCGCCUCAGAUCUCAGGCACGCAGUCUACAGGAGACCAUUCAAGAAGAGGUCAAGGAGAAGUUGCCGUAAGCAUUUUACGGGACGUGCUCGGCCGCGUGUUCAGCGAGGGUCAAGUCUGCCUGUUCGACCUCGUGGAGGAGGCGGGCCCUCUCCUCCUACCCCAGGACGACCAGAAUCAUGAGACCCACGCCCAGCACCAUGGCACGGCUGAAACCGCCCACCAGGAAUAUGCUCAAGACAGGUCCGCCUCACCUCCGCUCGCGCCGGAUGGCGGCCCACGUACCUGCGCCGAUGAACCUCCCCCCGUGACGUCGCAGCUUUAUUCCUCUGACUCUACAUUCCUAGCUGCCCAAGCACCGCAAUGGACCUUGUCCGAGCCCCUGACCGUUAAUAAAUCCACGUUCGUCGCCCGCGCGUGUGCGGUGCAUUCCCUCGAUGACGCACAACACGCCCUGGCCCACCUCGUGGCGAGUAACAAGAAAGUCGCGCAAGCGACGCAUAACAUCUCGGCGUGGCGGAUUAAGAGUCGUCCCGUGGCGGCAGGAUCCACGAACGGGGCCGUGUCGAUCGACAUUGUUAUCCAGGACUCGGACGACGAUGGCGAAACCGCGGCCGGUGGCCGUCUCCUCCAUCUGAUGCAAUUGAUGGAUGUGUGGAACGUGCUGGUCGUGGUGAGUCGGUGGUACGGCGGCGUGAAGCUGGGUCCCGAUCGAUUCAGGCUGAUCAACCAGGUCGGACGGGACGCGUUGGUCAAGGGCGGGUUUGUGAAGGUGAAAGACCAGCAUGAGGAAGGGGGGAACAAGGCGCGAGGAAAGGGCAGGGGGAAGAAAUGA